AUGUUCACCCCCUCCGUCUGUCUGAAUGGUAUGAUCCAUAGUUUUAGCCAAUCGGAGCCGUGGUUUGGUAUUUUUCGCGUGACGUCACGAGCCAGCGCGAGGACAGGAGAGUCCGGAGUUCGAGUCCCUGGACAGGACCUGAGCCUGCUGAGAACUCCAGCUUUAGCACAACUUUACCAGCGUCUAGCUGCGGAACUAGUCCUCAGGCUUACAGGAGACGACUUUACGAGAACAAGUCGUCGUCACUUGUUGAAUAUUUGACUCCCCGGGCUGGUAGCAGUCUCGCUUCGGGAGCGUCGUGGGUGCAAGGCUCGCUGGGAUCAGGUCCAUGUUGGGCCGAGGUGAGAGCGGGACGUCCAAGCGGAAGACCACGCUCCCUCGUCUAUAGCAGACAGGACGCCAACAAUCAAGUGUUUUCCUGAGGGUGUGGUAUCAUACUAACCCCUUACCUUCCCCUGGAUUGAUGGUUACCUGAGUUAGCUCGCCAAAAAAGUAUUCCAAAGACCGUUUGUCCGCUGCGAGUGAAAAUCCACGCGGAAAGUUUAUGGCAUAAACAAGAGAAGUUGCUCCAGCAGGCGUUGUGGUGUCGCGGUCUCGGGCGUCCAUGGCUGCGGCAGGAGGGUUGGUGUUGUUCCUGGUGCUGGUGUGGCUCCCGAGCCUGCCAGGCUUGCCCCUCUGCCCGUCAGAUAUUUGCUCGUGCAGUACCUCGUUCCGGACGGUGAACGGGAGUAAGCAGGCGGACGGCAGGAAGGUGGACUGUUCCCGGCGGGGUCUGGACGGGCCCGCCCGGCUCAACACCACACUCAUACCCAGGGACAUGACAUUCUUGAACUUACAAGGGAACGAUAUUGCUGUCUUGAAGGAAGGCGUGUUCACCGAGAUGCCUGUCUCCAAUCUGAGGAACUUGGAUCUGAGCGACAACGGGAUCAGUACCAUUGAAGCUGGGGCUUUCACUGGUCUAGGAACAUUGGAAAAACUGGACUUGUCCAACAACCAGCUUAGUAUCAUCAAUAGCAGUAUGUUCAUUGGAUUGGAUGGGCUGCAGAGACUGUUUCUACAAGGAAACCACAUCAGGACCUUGGUGGAGGACACUUUCAGUUCCCUGCGCAACAUUAAGAUGAUAAACUUGCAGUCAGACUGGCUGAUCUGUGACUGUCACCUGAAGUGGUUUCUGAAGUGGACAAAGAAGAAUAAGAUCCGGCUGUCAGAGAGCACUGUCUGUGCCUUUCCUGCAACCGUGAAGAACCAGCGUUUCAAGAAGCUACGCCGCAGCCAGCUAACCUGUGAUCAGCGAAUUGAGCUGCCAGUAUUUCGGGUGACCCCGUCCACCAUGCAGCUGGUUAUACAGGGGGACCCCCUCCCCUUCCAGUGUGAGGCGUCCAACAUGGGAGCCUCCAUGCGGAUACGCUGGCUGCGGAACGGGAAAGAGGUGGUCGCUAACCGCUCGGCUGGUAUUCACAUCGAGACAGCACCGGCAGAAGGGAAGACGUUGAUAAGGAGUUUGUUGACUGUAGAGAAGGUGAAGAUGAACGACUCGGGAGUCUGGCAGUGUGUGGUCGCCUUCCCGUACGCCAACGAUACGAGGAACGUCAGCGUGAUGGUCAUCAGUAAUGAGCCAGUGUACUGUGAGGAGGAGACCAUACGGAACAACAAGGGCAGCUUCACCUGGCCGCGAGUGCUGGCAGGGGUGCCCAUAUCACUGCCGUGCCCCCAGGGUGGGGGAACGGGGUACGCUGGAGGAGGCAGGGGGCCCGUUGCCACCAGGAGAUGCACCAGGGAGGGGUGGUGGGAUGAACUGGAUGUGUCGCAGUGCCAGUAUGUCAAUGAAAUCACCAGAGUCUUGGAAAUGUUUACAAAGCAACCAGUGAACACCACCAAUGUGCUGAGACUAGCCAACCAGUUGAACACAUACAUGCGUGAGGCCAGGAGCUUCAGAGACAAGAUGGACAUCAUCUACACGUCCAACCUGAUGGACAAAUUUGUACGCUUCACAGAGUCCAACAGAGAGCUGGGAGAGGUGCUGGUAGACAUUGCCAGUCACAUGAUGGACGUGGAUGAGAAGACUCUGUGGGAGAGCCAACAGGUGGCACGGGCAUGUAGCAGAAUUGUGCAGUGUCUGGAGAGGCUUGCCAGUCAAACUCUUACCAACAAGAACAAGGGGAUCAGUAAGCUGUCUGCAAACAUCGCCAUGGAGGCGUUCAUGGUUAAGCCGCAGAGUUUCAUCGGCAUGACGUGUUCUGCCUACACACAGGACAGCAGCGCUAGUCCUCCAUACACCGAGCAGCACUUCAUUUGCAACUCUGGCAACAUUACCAACAUUCAAAACAGGGAGCAAAACAGGGUCCUGCAAGCCUCCAUCCAGAUCCCGCCCUCUGUGUUUAACCGUGUGCUGUCCCGGAGGCCAAAGAAACAGAGUGACAGCUUCAAGCUGCAGUUUGUGGUGUACAAGAAUGGGAGGCUGUUCCCCAGUACUGGCAACUCUACCCACCUGGCUGACCAGAAGGGCAGAAGGACUGUUGUUACCCAUGUCAUAUCCAGCAGAAUAGAUGGUCUGGAUGUUAAGAACCUGUCAGAGCCUGUUGUCAUCAGACUGAGACCAUUUGCACAUGGUAGUGACAUGGUUCCAGUCUUCUGGGACUUCACUGAGCUAAAUGGCCAGGGCGGGUGGAAACGGGGCGGUUGCCAGGUGGUCAGCUCUGAUGUCAACCUGACCACUGUCCACUGCAACCACCUGACAAACUUUGCCAUCCUCCAGGACAUGAAUAAUCCAAAUGGGAAGGGCUACCCUCACUCCUACGGACCCCUGGAACCACUGCACCCCGUGGUGUAUGCUGGGAGUGCCCUAUGCAUCCUGGGAUUGCUUGCCACGUUGUUCACUUAUAUCAUCUUCAGAAGAAACAUCAAGAUCCCCAGGAGAAACUUCCACAUGCUGAUCAACCUGUGUCUGAACGUGUCGCUGGGCUGUGCGGCCUUCACCGGCGGGGUGAACCGCAUCUACAACGAGAAGGUGUGCCAGGGGGUGGGGAUCGUCAUCCACCUCAUGUCCCUCUGCACGCUGCUGUGGAUUGGCAUCGGCGCCAGGAACGUGUACAAACAGAUGGCCAAGGUGGAGAUGUUGACCCCUGACCUCCAGGUCCAAGUCCCCAGACCCAUGCUGAGAUUUUAUUUGGUAGGAUGGGGUGUGCCCAUGAUCAUCUGUGGCAUCACAGCAGCUGCCAACCUGCACCAUUAUGGUGGGGACAAAUUCUGUUGGAUGGAGUGGGAUGCCAGCCUGCUGGCCUUCUUCGGUCCUGCCGCCUUGUUCUGCCUGGUCAACUGCUUCCUGUUCAUCAGAACAGCCUGUGCCGUCCAGACCGCGCCCACCCUGUAUGAACUGAAGACCAUGGUGGAGUCCCUCACCGAGCAGGAGCUGAGCCAGGCUCCCAGCGCCGCGCAGAGCGUCCCUGAGACGGAGUCUGCGGCGGGAACGACAGCCUCGUACCUCACCACAUCGUACAUCGACAUGGAGCACAGCUUCAAGAACCAGCUCAGAAGUAUUGUCUUCAUCAUGUUUAACUUCGUCGCCAUGUGGGCGUGUGCCGCCAUCGCAGUAUCCCAGGAUUACUUCGUGGACCUUAUCUUCAGCUGCUUCUACGGCGCUGCGAGCGCCUCUCUCGGUCUGUUCGUGUUCAUCCAUUACUGUGUCACUCGUGAAGACGUCAGACAAAGCUGGAGAAUGUGCCAUUACCGAGAACCUAAAAAUAACUACCACGUCACGUUGGAACCUACUGUCACGGCCAAUGGCCACAUCCAAGGGAGUAAGGCACAUUCCCUAUGUAGCCUGGAGUCUUCACAGACAAACAGAACAGCCUCGUCUGUUCCUCAACAGGCCAACAGGCCCAAACUCACCCCCCUCCCACUGGGGAAUGGACCCUCUGUGGGUAAUGGGUCUGUGGGCAAUGGCAGCUUCCCCGACCCCUCUGUUCACACCCACACUCACAGCCACAGUCAUAGCCACAGUAUACACAGUAGUCAAAGCCACAUGUCCAGACCAAAUGGACACAUCCCCAGACACCCUUUGCACAGACCAUCAACAAGACAUAGAAAUCCAUACCACGAGGCCAUGAAACUCAUGGUCAAGCGUCCAUAUGGCCACGACAUGGCCACCACGCCGGAGAACAGUAGUCGGCCGGAGAGCCGGGCAAGCCAACCAGAGGUUCGGCCUAAAAAAGAGGAGAAUUCAAGAAAAAGCAACGGAGACUCUGAUGUUAGGAACAGUAACGCAGCUGACAGUGAUGCCAAUACCCAGAAAAGUUAUGAAUCUCACACAACAGAGCCAGCCGGCCCUGCAGACAUUGAACUGGACGAUGUACUUGAGGCCUCCCCAGAGGAGGGUCUGCUUGGAGAGGGGGAGUCAGAUGACAGGGUAGAGUUAGACUUCAGACCAUCAGGGUCUUCAGGGACCAUGAAAAGUACCAUGUCACUGAGAAAUGAAACAAGUGUCUAGAUCUCAAUGCUGUCAUGUUGAUUGUUUUGUGAGUCAGUUUAUAUAGGCAUAUAUACUUAUAUAUACACAUGUGAAUCCAAUGUUUGUAAGAGCCUGGUGCUGAAGUGUGGAGCACCUGAAUUGAAAGAACAGUUGGUUUUACACCUGGCCACAAAAAUGUCUUGCCUUUAUGCUGCCACAUCACGACUCUUGUCCUCCAUAAGGAUUGCUACAGUAUUGUUGAUUUUGUACAGUGUACAGUCAUGUAAAUCUUAAUUGAUGGUUAACAUCGUAUUUACUGAGUAAUAUGUACAGUGUUGAGAGAAAAUAUUUUGUUUGUGCCAUACAGUUUUUAGUUUUUUAUCUGUCUGUGUAUGUCUCUUUUAUGACAAUCAAGUCCUGUUGGGACACAUCCGAACAAACAGAAGUUUUAAGUAUUAAAAUGUUUAUGAUAUACAUAUUUGUGUUUCUCUUGUGCAAUGUGCCUGCACAAUCCAAAUUCUGUAUUUUUCACAUGUACAGUAUGUGAUAAAAGCUUAGCAACAAAGUUAAGUAUGAAUUUGAUGAAUAACAUUCCUGUGUGAGUUAUAUAACUAACUUAGCAUCAUCAGUAUGUAUAUGUCCAGUCUGAUUGUAUAUUUUUUUUAAAUGCCUAUAUUGUGUCAUUAUGUUACAACAGUUAAAGAAAGUUGUAUGACAUAAAAAUGUAGCCAUUCUGUGACCUCAAAUCAUUUAUGUCAUAUUUAUGUUCAAGCAAUAUCCUGUCUGCCACACAAAAUGAGAGCUGUAUUUCCCAAUGCUGAAAAUGACUAUCUAUUUACAACAAAGCAUAUCUAUUGGAAAUUCACUGCCAGGAUGGCAUUAACAGUUCUUGUAUACUUACGAGUUGUUAUAUACCCGAAAAUGUUUUUGGUAAAACAUGCUGUAGAGGUCUUUUAGUCAGUGAUGUAUUUUCUUGUUGCAUUCCCAGGAAUGAUGCCAUUCCACUGCCAACAGAUCAUAAAAAUGUGUACAUGUACAUGUAUGUGUUGUACAAAAUGGCAACAUUUGGAUUUGUGUUAUUUUAGACAUGUUUUAUGUCUAGAAUUUUGUAUCUAGCAUUUGUUUGAAGAGCAGUUAUCCCAAGUACAUGUACAUGUAGUGUGGCUAUUGAGACAUGGUUUGGAUCAGGGAUUUGUGUUAUGUACACGUCAUACCGGAGCUAGAUGAGAGAAGAAAGUGGACACUUAAAUGCCAAACCAUGCAUUGUGAACAAUUCAGUUUGGAGUAAAACAGUC